AAACUAAUUAUUGCUUAUAAUGCACGAUUCAGUCAGUUGAUUGGACUCGCCUGAUGCUAUCUCUGCAGACAAACUCAAGCGGCGUUUUGUCCAGUCGUCAGGAUCCGCCGUGACCUCUUGUAGGUCACCGUUCCUUUUUUUUUUCUUUUUUUCUUUCUUUUUUGUUUGAUGUCAUGGAAAUCCGACAGAGAUGAGGGCAGGAGGGGAGUGACGAUGAGGGGUUUUCCGCUGAUGUGUGCAGCGGCGAUGAAGAUGAGGCGCAUAUAUUUAGAGAUGAGAUGGACAGCGACGAAGAGGAGAGGACCUUUCGCACCUUCUGCCACUUCUCAGCCUGAACUCGUCACGCAUAAGUCACCAUGGAAGCUGCCAUCACCACCAUCGUCUCCCAGUUUAAGGCGUACGCUGGGAAUGAGGGAUCCUCCUCCACGCUGAGUAAAGACGAGUUUCACAAACUGGUGACCUCUCAGCUUCCCAACGUCGUCAAGAACGCCAGUGACCCCGCCUCCAUCGACCAGCUCAUGAGCUCCAUUGACGAAAACAACGACGGGGAGCUGACCUUCUCCGAGUUCUGGCAGCUGAUUGGAAAACUGGCGAGCAAACAGGGAGGCUUCAGCUAGUCGACCCGACCCAGUCGGCUCGGUUGAUUCCUGCUGCAGACGGAGAGAGAGGGCAUCUGAUGUCUUUUAUCUCUCUGUGCCAGAGCCAAAUGUGUAGCUGCAUAGUUAACCAUUUGUUUGAUGGGAGGAACUUUGAAUUAAAGCUUUUGUUGUUUUUAACUCUGAACCACCAA